UCUCAUACUGGAGAACACUGCUAUAGGAACUCCCACAGUGUUCCCUCCGUGUCGUCAUUUGCAGCAACAGCACUGACUUUGGAAUCGUUUAACUCUCCACCAUGUGUAAGGGACUUGCAACACUUCCUGCCACAUGCCUGAAAAGCGCCAAAGACAUCAAGCACAAAAUAAGCUUCUUGCUCCAGAAGCCUGAAUCCCAAGCAGCAGAUCAGAAGCAGACGAAAGUGAACACGACUGCUGCCGCCGCUGCUGCGAAGAGGGUGCCUACUGCAACCGAGGUGGAGAAAUGGAAGGAAUCCUUCAGCCACAUGAUGAGCAGUGAAACGGGUCGCACGGUCUUCACCAGCUUUCUCAAGUCGGAGUUCAGCGAGGAGAACAUGGACUUCUGGGUCGCCUGUGAAGACUACAAGAAGAUUUCCCCUUCCAAGCGGGCGAGCAGAGCCAGGCAGAUCUACCAGCAGUAUGUGGAGGCAGAUGCUCCCCGUGAGGUCAACUUGGACGCAGUGACUAGAGAGGAAACGAAGCAGAAUGUGGAGAACGCCUGCCCGUCUUGUUUUAGCGAGGCUCAGAGGAUGAUCUACACCUUGAUGGAGAAAGACUCCUACAGGCGCUUUCUGAACUCCGAAGUGUUGCAGAAUCUGUGUCAGCACACCGCUGCUCAGGAGAAGAAAACCUGUGACUAUGCCGAGAACAGGCAGGAGUUGACAGGAGGCGCAUAAACAGCAAAUGGACAGGAAAGAAAGACUAGAGGAAGGUGCCAAAGACUGAAAAUGUAUUAGUUGGUAGAUACUAGUAAGUGGUGACUUAAAGGUUAAUGUGACAAGCGAUACUUUAACUUCCUGUUCAAGUCUUUGGUGAUCAUUUUAAGGGUUUGGAGUUGCUUGUGUGUGUCCACUUGUGCAUAAAACAGAGAAAGAUUGUAUUAGUUUCCUGUACUGCAUUCAUCAUCAGCUCUCAUGUGUUUAAUAUGUUUAAGAUGAACGUACAAAAACAGGGAUGAAAUGAAUGUCUAAAUGUUUGCAUUAUGAAGAUCAGCUUUUGCUUCUGGUUUCACUGCAGAACACAACCUAUACUCUGAGUCACAGCCAUGAGGUUAUACUGAUGGUCUAAACAGAACACAACCUAAAGCUACCUGCAGCCAACACACUCACCUGCUUUCAACCCUACUGCACAUGGGGCAGUGUGAGGGAUUUGUUUAAGUGAUAACGUGUAAAGUUUUCCUUCUUUAGAGUAGCGUAUCAAGUUGUUUGUAAGAAAGAGAAAUCGAAGAAUGAUAAAAGUAGAGCAUUAAAAUGUUAGUGUUUAGUCGUGACCCAGUGUUUGAUCUAAUUAUUGUGGUGUGACACCGAGCGACGCGUCAUCUGAGUCACAAUCUUUUGUUUUUGACCCAGAACGGUUACUGUGUUACAUGUGACUCACCCGCCAGCUUUACAUUUGCCACGAGUCCUGUCACAUGUUCGUACAACAGAUGGGUGAUAUCGAUGUCAGACUUGGUGACCAUGGCAACAACUGGCUGUACUCUGUAGACAAGAUCCCCGCACCGUGCCGAUGUAGUCGUUGUGUGCGCCUCGCAGGAAUUCAACGCGUGCUUUAACGUCGCAGUAUUGAUCUGUUGCAUGACAUGUAGUAACCAAACAGCAGGAGAGAAGGGCGCAAUGUGACCUGAUUACGUCAAGCUGUAUUCAGAUGUUCAUAUCUGUCAAACGUUGUGCAGAGUAAUGAAUGGUGUGUUAACUUUGAGUGUUUGUAUCGAUGUCGCCUUGCAUUUUAAAGUGUUUUCUCAUGUGAUGGACAGAGAAAUACAUACUGUAUGUAGACAUUUAUUAAAUUAUGUCAUUGUCUUAUUUAUAUCAUAUCUGUAACUAUUCAACAAAUAAAGAUGUGUUGGCUAAUCAGA